UAGCUCAUCACUAUCUGCAGAUUGAUCCACAGCUUGAACCUUCAUGAGGUAGCAGAAAAGACAUCACAGUCAUUUUCAGCAGGAUAAGCACCGCGUCCUAUUACCAUGGAUAAACAGUCCACGGUGGUGUUUCGAAACGUCGGGCAACUGUACUUCCCCCAAACCAGAGUGGAGUGCCACUACAGUCUGACCUCUGAGCAUCAGUGGAGCAGCAAUGACUGGAUAGGAAUUUUUCAGGUUGGCUUUACUUCGGUGAAACAGUAUUACACAUACACAUGGGCUCUUGUUCCUGAAGGCUACACUGAGGGUACCGAUGUCAAUUACUGUGCACUUUUUCAGGCAUGCUACCUGCCCCGUCCCAGUGCUGUGGAGUAUCAGUUUGUAUAUGUGAAUAAGAUGGGAAGGGUGUGUGCCCAUAGUCGCCCCUUCACUUUCUGUGCUCCCAAGCCGUUGGAGGAGCUGGAGACUCUAAAAGAGGAACAAGAUGAGGAGGACGGAGAGGAGGAGCUGCUCCUCGUCAUCCCCAAGGCUCAGCUGCUGCAGAGUCAGCUGGAGGAAUGCUUAAAGAAACAAGCGCAGAUGCAGCAGGCUCUGGACGCGGCAAAAGAGGAGACAGAGAAUGAGAAAGAGAACAGCAGAAAAGCAAGGGUGGAGUGGGAGCAUGACCGAGAGGCAAUGAAGGAGGAGAUCUCAGAGCUCAGGGACAACCUGAGAAACAGCUGUGAGAUGCUGACGACGGUGGAGGGAAAACACAAGAAUGUGAAAUAUAGUCAGGAAAAUCUGACGUCUGAACUGACUAAACUCCUGGCUGAAAAGGCUGAGAGUCAGCAGAGAAUCAAAGAGCUGGAGGAGGACAUCAAGGUCCUGAAUGACAUGGAGAGAGAGGAAAACGGGGACCUGGAGAGACUGAGGGACAGAAUGAAGAAAAUGUCUAAUCAAAUGAAACAUGAUGAAGAGAAGAGAAGGUGUCUGCAGGCCGACAACGAGGCUGCUCUGGUGGAGGUACGAGGGCUGCAGGAGCGCCUGGAGGCCAGCGAGCAUGUGGCUGAAGGCCUGCGGAGGGAGCUGAGAGAGCUGGGCACCCGUCAGGGCCAAACCAACACCGAGCUGAAUCAAGCCCGGCUGCAAGUAGCCCAGCUCACCCUGCUCCUGUCUGAGGAGAACCUGGUCCUCAGGGAGGAGCGCGCCAACUGGGCUCUAGAAAGAGAGGCUUACAAACAUGUAGCAGAGUCCGAUCAAAAGAAAUUGCAAGAACUGAACUGUGAGAUGCAGAGGACGCAGGAGUGGCUCCAGGAGGAGAGGAUGGAGAGGGAGAAACUGGAGGUAGAACUUGGACGAGAGAGAGAUUGCAGUCGAGUGCUGCUGAGUGAUACUAAGCGAGAGCUGCAGGAGCUGAGGGCCAGUGUGAGGAAAGCCCAGAAGGAGAGAGAGGAGCAGCAGGUGGAGAAACAGGACCUGCUGAACCAAAUCCAUCAGUUAGAGCAGAGGCUGGGGAUUGUGCCAGAAUCUAAAUCAAAUGGAGAAAUUUCCACAUGCAUUUCUUCUGGCUCUUCCUCUGAGGAUAACGAAGAGGCUUCCUCAACUUCCCACAGAUCAGUCUGUUCACCUCUUUUCCUGUCCGCUCACCUGGAACAGCCCAACAGCGCUGAGACUGUUGCUGUUGAGACGCACGUCCAAAGCAGCGAAGACACACCAACAUUGGACACACAGGAUGUGAGGAGGCAGCGAGCUGGUGAAGGGAAGCAACCCAUCCUGCCAGAACUCGUCGACCCCAUCCUGAGAGACUCAGCCGACUCCCCCAUGUGGUAACAAAAAGAAGGAUGGCAAGUUGCUUGUUAACCACAAUAGUGCAAGUUUGCGUGGGUCAUAAGGAACCCUGUGGGAUUAUCCUGUUUUUGUUUUGUAGCAGUUCAGGUAGAAAAUGGCCUUCACAGAAGUCACGUUUGUAAUGCUGUGCGUUUACCUCGUAAGUGUCUAUGUUUAAGGAAAACACUGCACAAUUUGUGAGUCUUAAAUAUUAAGAAUUUUGUUUAUUAGCAUAGCUUAUGGGCUUAACACUGUUUAAAGCGAAAUAAAACUCUCCUUCAGACUUUUACAUGCAGACAUAAAUUGUCUAAAACAUUUCAUUUUAUCUUAGCUUCCAUUUUUAGCAGUUAAAAUGUGGAUAUGCUGUUUUGAGAAAAGUGUUGGUGUUACCAUGAUGAGCUUGAAUUUAAUGCAUCUUUUUUCUGCAGAAUAUCAGCCCCUAACCUCUGCAUGUGGGUGUGAAUCCUGAAACGGUGUCAAAAGUGUGGGUGUGCGUGUUACAGACAAGUGUGAAAUGUUCUGCUGCAGCUUGUUGAGCGCAGCGUUAAUGUUAAUUUAUGACACUUUUUUGUUGAUCUAAGCCUCUGUUGGAAAAAUGUUCGCUCUUUAAUAAACUAUGAUGAAAAAUA